AGUAGAAGAACCAUCCGGGUCUCAGGUUCCUGUCUGGCGACCCGUCGCCAUUAGUGCAAGCUCUUUCUAACGGACAUAUUUUUUUGGAUAAAAACUCAACACUAACGCGUUUUCCAGCGUUUGGAAAACGUCCAACGCCUUAUUGAGGCAUAUCGUUUUCCUACUCGAGGGAAAAAGCUCAGUUUUAGGGGUCUUGGCCCCGCGUAGCGAGCCUUCGUCCUCUCCUCCAACAGCCUCCAUAACUUGAGACGCCGAAAUUGUGUCUCUUAUUUAUUUCUCGGGUUUGCUUUGUUGUCAAGAUGUCGCCGUGAUGGGGUCUCCGCGUUUGACAGAAAUGAAUCAGGGCCUUCGUCGCCUGACCCGCACUUAUUACAGCCCGCUUUCAUCUCCCGUUUUUCUGUUUGAUGCUAGAGAGCUCGGCGGCUCUCUCGACGGAGCUCGGCCUCAGCACCUCUCAGCGCAAGGAGACAAACAUGGAGAAAAACCCCAACAGCAGCACCAGCAGCAAGGUUCCACCCCGUUCCAGCUCCACAGGACCGGCACCUGGCGAAUCUAAACCCAAAACAGAUGGUAAGAACAAUGGAGGCUCGAAGCGCUACAGUCGCAAGCGUGAGCCCUCUUUUCCUAAGAGUGACAGUUUUCCAGGCCCUCGUCGCACCAAUUCACAGAAAAGCAAGAAUUUUGACAAGAGACCCCCUCAGAGAGGUGGAGGACGACAGUAUGGAGUCGCAGGUGGAGGACGACGUGAGGAGGUAGCAGAGACGCGCCGGGCCGAGUUUAGCCCGGCUCAGUUUGCUGGACCUAAAAAGAUAAGCUUGAACCACCUGCUAAACUUCACCUUUGAACCCCGCGGGGGCAAUGGUGGCAUCGGAGAAGGAGGCCACUCCUGCUGGGGCCGCCGCAACAAGUGGGGCCACAAGCACAAGCCCUUCAACAAGGAGCUUUUCCUGCAGGCCAAUUGCCAGUUUGUGGUGACAGACGACCAGGACUACAAGGCUCACUUCACUGACCCAGACACUCUGGUUAACUGGGACUGUGUGCAGCAAGUGCGCAUCUACAGCCAUGAGGUACCCUCUUGCCCCAUCUGCCUGUACCCUCCGGUGGCAGCCCAAAUCACACGGUGUGGACACAUCUUCUGCUGGCCAUGCAUGCUGCACUACCUGUCUCUCAGUGACAAGAGCUGGUCCAAGUGCCCCAUUUGCUACGAAGCCGUGCACAUCGCCGACCUGAAGAGUGUGGUUGCUAUGGAGACCCGGCAGUAUGUGGCUGGUGACCUCAUCACCAUGCGUCUAAUGCGGAGAGAGAAAGGGACUCUGGUGGCCAUGCCGAGCUCUCAGUGGGUGAAGGUGGAGGAACCUGUUCGCUUUGGAGACACAUGUCUUAGCCAGUACUCCAAGCUGCUGCUGGCGUCCCCGGCGCAGGUUUUGAGCCUGGUGGCGGAGGAGAAGGCCACCCUGCAGGCCCAGUUCAGCCAGGAGGAGGAUGCUGAAGCCUGCUUUAUCCAGAGUGCCCUGUGUCACCUGCAGGAGCGAGAGGAAACAUUGCUGAAGCAACAAAGGCUGAGUUCUGGAGACAGCCUUGACCUGUCCCCUCUGACUCUGGAGGACCCACCCUCCCCUGUGGAGGAAGUGAUGACCAACAUCAGCAGCACCAAGCCUGUGCUGCACUACUCCUCUGCAUUUGAUGAUGAAGUGGCUGAGCUCCCAGAGGAUGCUGCUGGACAGCAGCCUGACUUCCCUGAGGGCUUCCUUGAGAGUGUGCUGGAGGAGCCUCCUGAGGCUAUGGUGGAUGCAGUGCCAGAGCCCCAGUGCGCUGAAAAGAGCCCUCCCAGCCAGGCAGAACCAAGUCGUCCCCCAGCCAGCGUGGAACAUGGACCCUACUACUAUUUCUACCAAGCUGAGGACUGCCAGCAGAUGUUCCUGCACCCUGUGAAUGUACGCUGUCUUCUGCGUGAAUAUGGCAGCUUGGAGGCCAGUCCAGACUCCAUCACCGCCACAGUGGUGGAGAUAGAGGGACAGACAGUCACUGAGGAGAUCCGUCGUCGACAUCGCUAUCUGGCUCAUCUGCCACUCACAUGCGAGUUCAGCAUCUGCGAGUUGGCCCUGCAGCCGCCCAUCCUGUCCAAAGAAACCCUGGACACUUUUGCAGAUGAUUUGGAGAGAAGAAAGCGCCUCAGGCAGAAGAAAGUGAGGGAUGAGAAGCGCAGGGAGAAGCGUAUUGAAAUCGAGGAGAACAAGAAACAGGGUAAAUACCCGGAGGUGCAUAUCGGACUGGAGAACCUUCAGCAGUUCCCAGCGUUCGGCUCGCCUCCUCAGAACAGCAGCCCCCUGGUUCAACCUGACUUCACUUUCGCUCCUCCUUCACCCCUCAGCUGCAGUCCUGCCUCUGAUGGGAUGAUGUUCCCGAGUCUGAAUGGGCAGAGCUCUUCACCCGUCGUGGGUAGUGUGGAGGACGAGUCUCACUGCAUGUCCUUUGCACAGAUGCUGAGAGAUGGAAAAGCCAGAGUUGAUGUUGGGCCGAGGAUCACUCCAAAGAAAGGUAGUGCAGACAAGCUGCUGGCUCCCCCAGCAGCAGACAGCGAUGGAGAGAGUGACGGCUCAGACCGCAUCCCGGUGCCCAGCUUCCAAAACUCCUUCAGCCAGGCAGUUGAGGAGGCGCUUCUGCAGCUGGGCAAUGGUCCAACUUCCUCUCCACAACCCGUGGUUGUCCCAGAUGAGAAAGGAGGAAAGAAGAAAAAGAAAAAGCAGAAACUUCUGUUCAGCACAUCCAUGGUUCACACAAAAUAGACAACACUGAAGUUCAUAAUCAUCAUUUAUCAUCUUAUUUCUUGAGUUGAAUUCUCCUACUGCCUGUGUUUUUGUUUCCACGCAGAUCUUUUCUGGAACUACAAGCUAUGGAAAUAGGUUUUAGUAUGUAGCCAAAGUUCAUGCUGCUCUAAUCACUGUUCUGUCUGUUUGGGUGUUUAUGCCAUCAAUUAUUUUACAUUUUGGAGUGCAACUAGGUCAACAUUCUGCAGCAGCUUCCUGUCCCACUGAAGGCCUUAUGGACAACAUCUAGUUAUAGAUGCCAGGCUAAGAGACACAUGGGCUAACAUUGUAUGUGCUCCAGGCUUUUCAAUGGCUUCAAGGUUCUAGAAAGCUCAGAUGCCUAACUCACUUUAGAAGUGGUUGCUAUGUGUUGUCUUGAGUUCCAUGACCCAAAACAUGGCAUACUGGAUCUAGAAGAGUAAUAUGGAAAAGAAUGUUUCAGGGUGCUUAAUAUUUGAGUAGCAGUCAGCCAGCUGCAGGUACCUUACACCCACUGAAGCUUUCCAGGAUACUCUUAACUACUGGUCAAACACUUUGAGCGUGGACCUGUAUCUUCAAACAGAAGAAAAGGUAACAAAAGACUUGACCACCAAAUACACCUUGUAAGCAUAUCACCCUGCAAGACAAUGCAUACCAUAUUUUGGGGAUUGUUUGGUUUGAGAUGGAUGCCCUAGUGUUUUGUAACAACAUGAGUCCAUAAUGCCCUACCAAGGCAAAACACAGUAUUGUCAGAGAUCUAAGUCUGUCCGUUCAACAGAACAAGUAUAUUCUGCCUGGUGAAACCAUACAUAUGCACUUUGUUCUCCUCUGUUAGUUUCUCAUCCUCUGUCAUUGUCAUCUCUUGUAGAGUGUUAACUAAUUUUUCACAUUACUUCCUGUGGUUUAAAUUCAGUGUUUCAAAUGUGUGAAGCCAGAUAAUUGCUGACAUUUAAAGAAUGCUUAUGAAACUGCAAAAGUGGAGUGGAAAAUAUAGACCUUUUUUGUUUUAGGACUCCUUAAAUCACCUUUAAUUUUGAAGCAAGUUUGUAGGCUAGUGAAUAUAACUAGCCUGUUGGAAUGAAUAAACAAUUAUGCACAAUCCA